AUGCUAAUAACACACUAUAAAAUGAGGAGUGUCUCCUCCAGAGAGGUCAGAACUUACAGUGAAGAAGACUUCACCUGCACAGACAUGGCUCCCUGUUCCAACAGCUUCUCCUCACUUCACCACAUCAGGAUCUCUGAGAAAGACAACAUUAAAUUGAGAAAACCUAUUGUGGAGAAAAUGCGCAGAGAUCGCAUCAACAGCUGCAUCGAGCAACUCAAGAUCAUUCUGGAGAAGGAGUUCCACAAGCAGGAGCCCAACUCCAAGCUGGAGAAAGCCGACAUCCUGGAGAUGACUGUAGGCUUCCUGAGGCAGCAGCUGCAGCCGGGCCUCUGUCACAGCGACUACAACCAAGGCUACCCUGCCUCUCCUCUGCAGGGCCUCCAGCAGCAGGAGCAGCAGCUCCAUCAGACCCAGAGAGCCAGCAGCUCAUCCCCAAUCUGCUCCACCCUCAGGCCCACCACGCUGCAGGACAGCAGCAGCAGCAGAGGGUCCAUGUGGAGGCCUUGGUAG